CUCCCUGCGGGGCGGUCGCGGCCUGGUUCCGGCAGUCGCUGCGGCUCCCUCGGCCCGGGGCGGGGCGGGAGGAGCUAUGGAGGACCCUGAUUACUUCGAAGGCAGCGCGGCGGAGUGGGGGAACGAGGCCGAUGGAGGCACGCAAGACGAUGAGGAUGGGGAGGGGGAAGAUGAUGCCGAAGUCCAGCAAGAAUGCCUGAAGAAAUUUUCAACCCCUGACUAUAUAAUGGAGCCGUCUAUAUUUAACACGUUAAAGAGGUAUUUCCAAGCAGGAGGUUCUCCAGAGAAUGUUAUCCAGCUCCUCUCUGAAAACUACACUGCAGUGGCACAGACUGUAAAUUUGCUGGCAGAGUGGCUCAUUCAGACAGGUGUUGAACCACUGCAAGUUCAGGAGACUGUAGAAAACCAUUUAAAGAGCUUACUUAUUAAGCAUUUUGACCCUCGGAAAGCAGAUUCCAUCUUUACAGAGGAAGGAGAGACUCCAGCCUGGCUUGAGCAAAUGAUAGCGCAUACUACAUGGAGAGAUCUCUUCUACAAGUUGGCAGAAGCCCAUCCUGACUGUUUAAUGCUUAAUUUUACUGUGAAGCUUAUAUCUGAUGCUGGAUAUCAAGGGGAAAUAACCAGUGUUUCAACAGCAUGUCAGCAACUAGAAGUAUUUUCCAGAGUCCUGCGUACGUCUCUGGCAACAAUCUUAGAUGGAGGAGAAGAAAACCUAGAAAAAAACCUCCCUGAGUUUGCUAAGAUGGUGUGCCAUGGAGAACACACUUAUCUUUUUGCUCAAUCUAUGAUGUCCAUAUUGGCUCAAGAAGAGCAAGGAGGGUCAGCUGUCAGGAGGAUUGCUCAGGAGGUUCAGCGGUAUGCUCAUGAGAAAGGCCAUGAUGCCAGUCAGAUCACUUUAGCAUUGGGUACUGCAGCCUCCUAUCCUCGAGCAUGUCAGGCUCUUGGUGCUAUGUUGUCCAAAGGAGCUCUGAAUCCGGCAGACAUCACUGUCCUGUUCAAAAUGUUUACAAGCAUGGACCCACCUCCAGUGGAACUGAUUCGAGUACCUGCCUUUCUGGAUCUCUUUAUGCAGUCAUUGUUUAAGCCAGGUGCCAAGAUCAACCAGGAUCACAAACAUAAAUAUAUUCACAUACUGGCAUAUGCAGCUAGUGUAGUAGAGAUGUGGAAGAAGAAUAAGAGAGUCAGUAUAAACAAGGAUGAACUCAAGUCAACUUCAAAAGCCAUUGAAACUGUUCACAAUCUGUGUUGCAAUGAGAACAAAGGAGCGUCAGAGUUGGUUGCAGAACUGAGCACUCUCUAUCAGUGCAUCAGGUUCCCAGUCGUGGCAAUGGGCGUAUUAAAGUGGGUGGAUUGGACAGUGUCAGAACCACGAUACUUCCAGCUGCAGACUGAUCACACUCCAGUUCAUCUGGCAUUAUUGGAUGAGAUCAGUACGUGCCAUCAGCUACUUCAUCCCCAAGUUCUACAACUUCUUGUCAAGCUCUUUGAAACAGAGCAUUCGCAGCUUGAUGUAAUGGAGCAGCUGGAAUUGAAGAAGACUCUCUUGGAUAGAAUGGUGCACUUACUCAGCCGAGGAUAUGUCCUACCUGUUGUCAGCUAUAUCCGCAAAUGCCUGGAGAAGCUAGAUACAGAUAUCUCUCUCAUCAGAUACUUUGUUACAGAGGUACUUGAUGUGAUUGCUCCUCCAUAUACCUCAGACUUUGUACAGCUUUUUCUUCCAAUCUUGGAGAAUGAAAGUAUUGCAGGCACUAUUAAAACAGAAGGUGAACAUGACCCUGUGACUGAAUUUAUAGCUCAUUGCAAAUCUAACUUUAUUAUGAUAAACUAAGCAGUGGAAAACAUGAAGAACGCAGAGCGCACUGCUUUACCAUACUCUCCACCAGAAAGGCUUUGUAACUGGGCAGCAAAGCAGCAAAAAAAAACCCUCAAAACAAACAAAAAACCCCCACAAACCAACAAACACAAACCGAGGGAGAAAGGACUGAAGGGCAUUUGACUGAUUGACUUGCAUGGUGACCUUGAGGUUUGUAUUAGAGGUCUGUUAAUGUACUCUGGAAAAUGGAAUAAUACUGAAGGUUCUUCUGUUAUUACACAAAUCAGUAGAAAUCUGAAUAUUCUGAAGGGAAUGGCAGGAGAAAAACAUUUAUUUCAAAUAAUGUUAUUUUGGUUGCUUGGAUAAUUUGUCACGGAUUCUUUGUGUAAUAUACAAAACCUGAAGAAUGGGAAAAUGCUUUACAGAUAGUUCCCUGAAGAAUGGAUCUUGAAUGUUCUAGGCUUUGAUGUUGUAAGUUGUAUAGAAGGAAGUAGUGUGAUUAGCUCUUUCUCACCUUUGCAUUAUUUAGAGUUCAAAAAAAGUCCUACAUAUUUCCUGCUAUGGGUUUGUAACAGUCCAGGUUAGUUUUGUAUUAACAGAUGAACCAUAUAUGUGAGUACAUUAUCUUUCAGAAUCUAUUUUUUGUUAAAUAGAUGCUUCGAUGUUACUGGUAAGUUUCAUUACCAUUCUGCUGUCCAGCAAUGUGAAGGUGUGCAGAAAUGUCAUAACUGCUUCUUGUGGCUUGUUUUUUGUACUUAUCUCUAUCCUGGUAGAUGCCAGACAGUGCAGGGAUACACCCAAGAUUAUAAUUUACCUUUAAAUAAAGGGUUUUUUCUUUUCCAGA